AUGCAGCUCUCUCUCGUCCUCGUCUCCCUCUUCGCCCUCGCGGCCCAGGCCGCCCCCGCGGAGCUGCAGAAGCGUGCCACCACCUGCGGCAGCACCUACUACUCCACCGCCCAGGUCAACGCCGCCGCCAGCGCCGCUUGCAACCACGUCCGCGCCGGCAGCCAGGCCGGCUCGUCGACCUACCCCCACCGUUACAACAACUACGAGGGCUUCAACUUCGCCGUCAGCGGGCCGUGGUACGAGUUCCCCAUCAGGUCCAGCGGUGUCUACACCGGAGGCUCUCCUGGUGCCGACCGUGUCGUCAUCAACGGCAACUGUGGCCUUGCUGGCGCCAUCACUCACACUGGUGCCAGUGGCAACAACUUUGUCGGAUGCUCUGGUACUUCUUAA